AUGGGAGACUUGAAUCCGACCUCAGACAUCCCUACACCUAUCUUGCAUUCAAGAUUUCUAGAAAAAGCUCUUCACAUAAACUCUUCGACAUCACUUAUUCACAGUUACAAAAGUAUUUUCAAUGGUUUUGUUGCCCUAUUGACCAAUGAUGAGGUUCACUGGAUUUCUGCAAUGGAAGAAGUUGUAUCAGUGUUUCCAAAUAGAAAAAAUCAUAUGCACACUACAAAAUCAUGGGACUUUUUGAAAUUUCCUCAAACGGUUAGCAGAGUGAAAAAGGUUGAGAGCAACAUCAUUGUUGGAGUAAUCGAUUCUGGAAUUUGGCCAGAAUUAGAUAGCUUUAGUGAUGUUGGAAUGAGAUCGCCACCGAGCAAAUGGAAGGGAUCGUGUCAUGGGCUACGGAAUUUCAAAUGUAACAACAAAAUAAUUGGAGCAAGGUACUACAGAAGAAAUGGCAAAUUCUCCCAAGAGGAUAUUAUUUCUCCAAGAGAUACCAUUGGUCAUGGAACUCAUGUAGCUUCAAUCAUUGCCGGAAAUCUUGUUAGUUCGGCCAACUUUUAUGGUCUUGGACAAGGUACAGCACGAGGAGGAGUCCCUUCUUCGAGGAUUGCGGUAUAUAAAGUAGUUUGGACUGAUGGUUCUGAUGACACCGACGCCAUUCACGCAUUUGAGGAUGCUAUCAGUGAUGGGGUUGACAUAAUAUCAAUUUCUUUAGGAUCAAUUAUUAUUGAAAACUAUAUGCAGAAUUCAAUAUCUGUUGGGACUUUUCAAGCAAUGAGAAAAGGAAUUAUGACAAUAUGUUCUUCCGGAAACAAUGGUCCUCGACAUAGAAUUGUCGUGAAUGUUUCUCCAUGGGAUCUUACUGUGGCAGCAAGCUCAACUGAUCGAAAGAUCGUCAACUAUUUGAAGUUGGGCAAUAUGGAGAGUUUGUUGGGAUCUUCAAUGAAUGCGUUUGAUCAGACUAAUUUCUCCAAUUUGGUGUAUGCUGGUGAUGUGCCAAAUAUUAGAGAAGGGUUUUCUCCUGAUACAUCAAGACUUUGCCGAGAGACUAACUCACUAGAUGCUAGAUUUGUAAGUGGUAAGAUUGUCAUUUGUGCUGAACAAAAUAGAGGGGACGCAGCUCUUUUCGCUGGUGCAAUUGGUAUGGUGAUAAUAGACCCACGCUACGAUCUUUUCGAACAUAAAAUGACAUUUGCCCUCCCGACAACCGUUUUUAACGAGAAAGAAUCAAACAUAUUCAUUAGAUAUUUCCAAAACUCAAGGAAUUCAAUUGCAAGAAUAUUGAAAAGUCAUGAAAUAAUUGAUCUAUCUGCACCAUAUAUUGCAUCCUUCUCAUCAAGGGGACCAAAUCCUGUAACACCUCAAAUUCUUAAGCCAGACUUAUCUGCACCUGGUGUUAGAAUCUUGGCAGCAUGGUUACCUACUAGAUCUCCUUCAACGUCGAUUUUAGAUACAAGAAGGUUGUCAUAUAACAUUAUAUCGGGCACGUCAAUGGCAUGCCCGCAUGCUGCUGCUGCAGCCGCUUAUGUGAAAUCCUUCCAUCCAUCUUGGUCUCCGGCUGCUAUAAAAUCUGCACUUAUAACCACCGCCUCCGAGAUGAGUGUAAAGACAAAUCCGGAAGCAGAAUUUGGUUAUGGAGCAGGCCUAAUAAACCCUGUAGGUGCCAUUAAUCCUGGCCUUGUGUAUGAUGCAAAUCUAGCUGACUAUGUGCAGUUCUUGUGUGGCCAAAACUACACUAACAAACAGUUGAGCCUUAUUACGGGUGACAAAAUCGCUUGCACUCAUUAUGGGAGUAAAACUUCUUUAAAUCUUAACAUGCCUUCAUUUUCCUUUCCCAUCGUUCCGUCAAAUACUCCUUUUAAUGUCUCCGUUAAUAGGAGAGUUACCAAUGUAGGAUCAUUAAGAUCUACAUACAUCGCCAAGAUUCUUACUCCGCCUACAUUCACAAUACGAGUUGUACCGAGCACACUUUCUUUCACUAACGUUGGAGAAAUUAAGUCAUUUACAUUGAUUGUUGAGGGAAUAAUGGAUCGUGUGACAGCGGUUUCGGCUUCUUUGUCAUGGAUGAGUAGCACAAACGAAUGGAUCUAUGAAACAAUCUCACAAGAUCUCCUUCACAAGAUCUUGGAACGGACUCUACAGCCGAGCAAGCAUGGACACUACUACAUGGGAGUUUUUAAGAUAACCGUCAUUUUCAUGCGGUUUCCACCUCGAGCAAGAGUUUUCCACCACCAUCAGGUGGAUUUUCCCAAGGUCUCAGCUUAUUGUCAACGUCUCAAAGUCACAAACUCUUCUGCAUCAGUUAUUCACAGUUACAAAAGUAUAUUCAAUGGUUUUGUCGCCCUAUUAACGACUGAUGAGGUUCACCUGCUUUCCUCAAUGGAAGAAGUUGUGUCAAUAUUUCCAAAUGGAAAAAUUGAUAUGUACACUACAAGAUCAUGGGACUUCUUGAAAUUUCCUCAAACGAUUAGAAGAGCGAAAGAAGUUGAAAGCAAAAUCAUUGUUGGAAUAAUAGAUUCUGGAAUUUGGCCAGAAUUAGAUACGUUUAGUGAUAUUGGAAUGGAAUCUCCACCGCCCAAAUGGAAAGGCUCAUGUAAUGGACUACUAAAUUUCAAAUGUAACAAGUAUGGGUUUUUUAUUUGA